GUCAACAUAAUUCCCAUCAUUGCCAAAGCAGACACAAUUUCCAAGAGCGAGCUGCAUAAAUUCAAAAUAAAGAUAAUGAGCGAGCUUGUGAGCAAUGGAGUCCAGAUAUAUCAGUUCCCAACAGACGACGAAGCCGUCAGCGAGAUCAAUGCCUCAAUGAACGCCCAUCUGCCAUUUGCUGUGGUUGGAAGCGUGGAAGAGGUCAAAGUUGGGAACAAAUCAGUGAGGGCCAGGCAGUACCCCUGGGGAGUUGUGCAAGUUGAGAACGAGAGCCACUGUGACUUUGUAAAACUCCGAGAGAUGCUGAUCAGAGUGAACAUGGAAGACCUGAGGGAGCAGACGCACGCCCGCCACUACGAGCUGUACCGGCGCUGUAAGCUGGAGGAGAUGGGCUUCAAAGAUACAGACCCCGACAGCCAGCCUUUCAGUCUCCAAGAGACAUAUGAGACCAAGAGAAAAGAGUUUUUAGGAGACCUGCAACGGAAAGAAGAGGAAAUGCGACAAAUGUUUGUUAACAAAGUAAAAGAAACUGAAGCAGAACUCAAAGAAAAGGAGAAAGAGCUGCAUGACAAGUUUGAGCAGCUGAAGCGGAUGCACCAGGACGAGAAGAGGAAGGUGGAGGAGAAGCGACAAGACCUGGAUGAGGAGAUGAACGCCUUCAACAGGAAGAAAAUGGCCAGCGAAACGCUGUCCUUAUCUCAGCCCCUGAAGAAAGACAAGAAAAAUUGAUUUGUGGGCGCUGUACACCCAUCCACACACCACCAUGGAUUUGUCCUCCAUCAUCAUAGCAACAUCUGGCUGUUUUUUGUUUUGUUUUGACAUUCCAUCUUGACAUUGUGCACAUGGACCAAACACACUGAGGAUGAUGAUGGUGAAGCCACAGGAGAGGGGUGAAAAAUGAGGAGAAAUAUUCAYGUUCCAUCAGUGGCCAUCUCAUUAACUCAGGGGUUUUUGUUUUGAUUUUUUUUCUGUGCUGUUUUGGACAUUUUUAUAUUUGUUUUAUUUUCUUUUCAAUGAUUUAAAUAAUUUCUGUGUUUUUUUUAUUUUCUGUGUUUUGCCAUCUGCUAUCUAAACAGCAAUAAGACUUUAAAACUUUUCAUUUUGACUUCUUGGUACUACAACACACCUGCUUAAAGUAUGUAUUUAAACUGUAAGCGGUGCUUGAUGUCAGUGGACUGAAUUUUAAAUUUAAAAUAUCUUAAAUAAAGGUUGUUCUUAACUUUAUCUUAAACAUUAGACCCUUUUUAAAAUAUUGUUCAGAAGUUAUAUCUGUUCAACGUUUUCCAAUUGAAGAAUCUAGCUUAGUAGAAUCAGUCCCUGCUUAGAUUGAGUCUAAAUGUUUAAAUAGCAUCGUGUCAAGCCAUAACUGAGUACCUGUAUGCUGUAUAAUUUGCAUUUACAAAGGUACUGACAACCUAAAAUUGUAUUGAGUCUUAAAUCUAUGCAAUAUUCUUGUGAUGUAACUCAGUAAAAGUAUGUGAAUAUUUUCUAGAGCUUACAGUAAAUGUACUAGUUUUUAAAUAUUAUGACACAUAAAUAAGAUAAGAAGCCUCAUAUGAUGCUGUUCAUUGUUUUGUAAGUGGUUUAACAUUAUUUUAAACUGUGGAAUCCCAACUAUGAAGCCAGUAAAACACAGGAUUCAGGUAAACAUUCAAACCUCGGCUCGCUGUAGUUUUUAUUUUACACUCCGACACGAAGAAGAGAGCAGCUGUAUUUACUGUCUGUUGUUGCAAAUAAAACCUCCCCUCCCCCUCCUGA